AUACCCUAUACAUUAUUCUUCCAUCAUAGGACUACCACACUUACUAUUGCCGAACAAUUCUUUCGCCGCUCUAGUCACAUGAACGUGGGAUGAGCCCUUCCUCCUUCUGGUUAGUCUAGCGGCCGAGGCGAUCAACUCACGUCACCAAGCAACCAUGCUUAAGCUAUGUGUAUCUACGACUCUGCUACCUACACAAGUAGAUCCUGUGUCUUUACUUUUCUUUUUGAAGAAUAUAUACUUUAUCUAAUUGUUUGUGUAAUUCAACCAUCCUCAGUCACCGGUACAUUCUCUCUAGCUUUUGGCAAUGGAGUCUAAGAGGGAGUUCGACCUGAUCCUUCUAGGCCCAACUGGCUACACGGGUAGACUCUGUGCAGAGCACAUUGUUAAGAACUUUCCUACGGGCUUAAAAUGGGCUCUAGCAGGGCGUUCGCUCCAAAAGGUUGAGAAUGUUGCCAAAGAUCUCAAGAAUCUGAAUCCCGAUCGCGCCGAACCAGAGGUUCUGGCUGUCCAGCUCAAUCGGGAGGAUUUGAACUCGCUGGCUCAGAAAUGCCGUGUACUUCUCAACUGCGUUGGGCCAUAUCACCUGUAUUCUACUCCUGUAGUCGAAGCUUGCGCUAGCAACGGAACACAUUAUCUUGAUGUCACUGGAGAAACGCCCUGGAUCAAGAGUAUCAUCGAAAAAUAUCAUGAAACUGCCAAGUCAAAUGGUGCUAUAAUAAUCCCCUCUGUUGGUGUCGAGAGUGCUCCUGCAGAUAUGUUGACUUGGGCUCUUGUUAAGCGUAUACGUGAAGAACUUUCCUGCGAUACCAAGGAAGUUACAUGCGCAAUUGAUGAAUUGAAGUCCUCCGGGGCAAGUGGUGGUACUCUCGCCACAGUCAUGACUAUGUUUGAUACCCUCUCGUUGCUUGAUAUACUCAAAGCAGCAGACCCGUUUGCGCUGGCCGCAUCUUCACCACCCAAGUCUAUCCCCAGCGAACCACUCGCGGAAAAGGUGCUCGGCGUCCGCUCAGUCCGUGAUAUGGGCACUCUCACCACCGCUCCAACAGCAAUCGCCGACAUCACUAUCGUGCAUCGUAGUAGUACGCUGAUGCCAGAGUUCUACGGGCGUCGGUUCCAUUUCAAACAGUUCCUUAGGGUGAGGAACGCGCUCGUUGGUGUUGCACUUCAUUUUGCUUUCGUCGCCGGCUUGUUACUUUUGCUCCUGCCGCCAGUUCGGUGGCUCUUGAAGAAAUAUAUCUACGCGCCCGGUAGUGGACCCCGCAUGGAGGACUCAGUCAAUGACCGGCUGGUAUACCGUGCCGUGGCGACAGCUGAUCAAAACACGCCGGAUCCUAAGCGUGCACUUGGCAAGUUGAAAUACGAUGGAACGAUGUAUGUUUUCACGGGACUCUUGCUGGCUGAGGCAGCCAUGACUAUUCUGGAGAAUGAAGAAAAGGUAAAGAAAGUCUCUCGUUGUGGCCUUGUAACUCCAGCUACCUUGGGCCAGGAAUUCAUUGACCGUUUGGAGAAGGUUGGAUGUCAAAUUGAGACCGAAGUGUUCAAAAUUUGAUGACUAUCUGCAACUAUGUGAUGUUGAACUUACGUUUUAAUGCCUUGGAGGAUUAGGCUUUUUUUGUUUAACGUGCUUCCAUGUAUUAUCGUAGUGUACCAGUCGAACUUAUGCUCUUUUAGACCAUACACAUAAUAAAAUAUCGAAAAUCCAUACAAUUUUGAAGAGCCCACAAAUAAAAAUGGUAAUUAAUGCACAUAGGACACCAUUCCCCAACAUAGAAACAAACAAAGGAUAGUAAAACAAGUCACACGAAUAACACUACAGAUAUAUACAGCGCACCAGAAUCUGCAUAUCAACAUCGAAACCCAUCACAAUUUGAACAUCCUCGGGUCUCGGAACACAACUUCAUCCAACCACCACGCAAUUAUCUCAUUGACCUCUUCUGGUUUCUCCCAUAGGGCCCAGUGAGAGGUAUUGAUCUGCUUGAAAGUCAUAUGGGGUAUAGUCCUGGUCAUUCCCCUGCCGAGAUGUGCCGGAAGAGCCGUAUCGCGGAGGGCCUGAAUGAAGAGCACUGGAGCGGUGAUGCGUUGGUCCAGGAUGGCGAUUUCCUCUCUGUAAUUGAUUUCCCGGGUUCGGUACCAGUUAACUAGGUGCUGCUUGUUAGCUUCCAUUUUAACUUUUUAAAUCAAUUGACGAAUGCAAGGGUGGC